UUGACACUUGGGAAAAGAUUAGACGCUCAAUUUCAGUAUAAACCAGUUGCAUUUGCUGUCCGAGCAAAUAUUGACUAUGACGGUAAAUUGGAAGACGACUCACCGAUUCAUGGCCGUGCUGUAUCCUUUAAAGUUAGGGAUUUUUUACAUAUCAAAGAGAAAUUUGAUGAUGACUGGUGGAUUGGGAGACCAGUUAAAGAAGGGGAGGAACUUGGAUUCAUACCAUCACCGGUAAAGUUAGAAAUGAUCAGACAACAGACAACAAGAAGAUCAAAAUUCAAAUCAUCUUCCAGUUCCAACAAUUUUGUGGGACUUGAAGAAAUGAUGCAUAAAUCUAGGGAUUCGACGCCACCAACUCCAGGUAAUGAUUUGAAUGAUGACGACCAUGGUUACAACCGAAAGAUGACUGAUGCAGUUUCAACGCCACCGAUGAAGGAAAAACGGAAACUUAUGUUUAAAAAGCAGGAAAGUCUGCCACCAUACGACGUUGUACCAACAAUGAGGCCGGUCAUUCUUAUAGGUCCAUCACUGAAGCAGUCAGACGUAACCGAUAUGAUGCAAAAAGCAGUUUUUGAGUACCUCAAAAAUAGGUUUAAAGGGAGAAUUAUUAUUUCAAAAGUGUAUCCAGAUAUAUCAAUGGCAAAACGGUCACUAGCUACUGGUCCUCCAAAACGGGCUGCAAUGGAAAGAGCAAAUUCGAGGUCUAGCAAUACUCUUGCUGAGGUUCAACUCGAGAUAGAAAGGAUUUAUGAACUAUCUCGGUCAAUGCAACUGUUAGUUCUCGACUGCGUUACGAUUAAUCAUCCGUCACAGAUACUUAAAACUUCUCUUGCACCAAUUAUUGUAUAUAUUAAAAUAACCUCACCUAAGGUGCUGCAGAGGCUUAUAAAAUCCAGAAAUAAAAAACAGAGUGUCAGUAUGAACAUGCAGUUGGUAGCUGCUGAAAAAUUAGCUCAGUGCUCUCCAGAUAUGUUUGAUGUAAUACUUGACGAGAACCAGUUGGAGGACGCCUGUGAGCAUCUCUCCGAUUAUCUUGAAGCCUACUGGCGUGCAACGCAUCCUCCUGUGAAAACUCCGCCAAGAAUAAAAAGAAACCCUAUGGAAAACCUCGGACCAUCAACAAUAUUUACCCCUGCCCAAAUGAUGCAAGGUAAAACAGGAGCAAAUUCAAAUGGUCCAUUUUCCUACGGAAAUAGGGCUUCAUUACCACACUACGACGAACCGUUAGAGGGGAAACCGGCACCGCCACCAAAGAGUAACUUACAGAGGCUUACUCCGAUGGUUCGAACAAAUCAGCCAAGCUUUGAUGAUUUUGAUGAAGAAGACUAUCAUGUAAGCGGGCCAUCUUAUUAUCAACGUAAUGAUUUUAUGUGA